AUGGCGGCGCCGGGGCCCUGCGCGGGCGGCCCCUGCUGCCUCCGCCCCGGCGCGCGGCAGACGCUGGACGAGAUGGAUUUUGAGAGGGGAAUCUGGUCAGCAGCCCUGAACGGAGACCUGGGCCGAGUGAAGGAUUUAAUCCAGAAGGCAGUGGACCCCAGUCAGCCGGACCUGGCCGGCUACACCGCUCUGCACUACGCCAGCCGCAACGGACACUACGCAGUCUGCCAGUUCCUGCUGGAAAGUGGGGCCAAGUGCGACGCCCAGACACGCGGGGGGGCCACCGCUCUGCACCGGGCCAGCUACUGUGGGCACACGGAGAUUGCACGGCUUCUGCUCUCCCACGGGUCCAAUCCCAGGCUGGUGGAUGAUGAUGGCAUGACCAGUCUGCAUAAGGCUGCUGAGAAGGGUCACGUGGAUAUCUGCUCCCUUCUGUUGCAACACAGCCCAGCCCUGAAGGCUGUCCGGGAUCGGAAGGCACGACUAGCAUGUGACCUGCUGCCCCGCAACAGUGACCUGCGGGACCUGCUGGCCAGUUGA